CCUGAAUUUUCCAGGCUCAGUUUCAUUUAACUUCAUAAUUCCGUGUUCAGACUGUAGUAGAGCAUAAACAAACUAGACUGAGACCUAAUUUAUGCGGCCAGUAACAAUCUAAUUGCUUUCACCGCUACAUACCGCUGCAACAAUAGAUCGCAAAAAGGAAAUUAUUAUCAACCGUCUAUCAGAUGCAAAUUAUUAUCACGCCACUUAUCUAGACCCCUCUAGAUAGAGCGAGGAUGAUAUUCUCGUUUCGCGCGGCACACUAACCCGAUCGAGCGUAAUAACAGAUUUUUCUUGUAUGUCUAUCAGCUGUUGGAGUCUGGCCGUGUAGUAUCGCGGAUAUUUUUUCCCGUGAGGGGGGAAAAUGCAUAAAAAUUUGCAUAGUCUCACGUCACAGAGGUAGUUAGAGACGCCGACGUGAGUCAGACAGCGGACGAGGCCAAUUACGUUUUUUGCGCGAACAAUUUUCUAAAUUCAAAACAGAUAAACUGCUGUCUAGAAAACGAAACGUAACGAUUCUUUUUUUUUAAUCGAUAUUCUAUUUUCGAAUCGAGUGUUCUGUGUUGUGGAUUGUGUUAGUGUGUGUGAGAUGUGAUUAUUUUUUUUUUACUUUUUUUUUAUAAUGGAGCGAAGUGUUUUGGCGGAGUCGAAGCACGUUCAGUGGGCUUCUGAACUGCACUCGGAAUACCGCAGCACUUACAAAUGGCACGAGUACAAGGAGCAGCAGCAGGGGGUGGUGAAGCAGCCCGCCCCCACGCCCCCCUCCGCACUGCCCAUACAGAGGGGCCCGAUGGAGCCAGCGAUGCCUCGUCGCAAAAAGUACCCCGGAGUGGCGUACAAGACGAACGAGCUGUUCGACCCUGCACCCGCUGAUGAUAUCAGGCCCCAGCAGACUUCGGCCUUCGAUCGAGCUAGGAGUGCGCAAAGGAAUGAUGCUGAUCGCGCUGGGCGGCGCAGCAAGUCGGAGGGACCUCGCCAGCCGAGGUGGACCGACACCGUCGAACCUAAGGCCACCACGGCACUUGGCGAGGUAAUGGCAGCGAAGGAGCCGGAGAUCGUGAGCACGGAGUACCGCAACCAGUUCGCCUGGCCCAAGGACACCACGGAUGCACCACGGAAGAGCAUCUCCAUGGGCGCGCUCAAGAAAGCCGCUGUGGCUGAAGGGUUAGUAGAAGCAGAGCCGCUGAUGAACCACGUGGAUGGAGACCACGAUGACCACAAGCGUUACAUCGAAGACUAUCUCUGGAAUGGACAGAAACCUGGAGUCCAGAGAAAAUCGACGUUCCGUAACGCGCUAUCGGCCCUCAUAUCCAACGGGGAGGAUCGUUCCAAAGAUAAUAGGAAACGUUACAAAAGCGAGUACAAAAAGAAAUUUAGACCGUUCUCUCAAUACGUGUACGAGGCGUCUAAAGGGACAUUUACGAAAUGCAGGGGAAAAGGGAAGUCGAAUGAAGAGGCGAGCGAGAGGAUGCUGGGGGAUGCGGGUCAGGGGGUGUCGGGGAGUAGUGCGGGGGCGGGCGGGGUAGCCGGGGCGGGGGGCGGAGACGCGGGGGAGGACAGCGCCAACACGCUGCGCGCGGCCGGCCUGCAGCCGCUCGGCCUGGCCCAGGGCGACUCCUGGUACCGAGAGGUGCUGGACCUGCGCAAGCGCGCCGGCGAGUACAAGUACCGCGGCUGGGGGACUGAAAUGGCGCCAGAACACAUCACACAGCUUUACAAUAAGCAGAUCGAACUCUGGUACCAAGUGUCCCGACGAUCCUCGCUGUCGGCCUUAUCACUAGCUUCCACAAAUCACAAGGCACUGCCUCGCGACGAGAAGGAUGGGAAGGAAUCCAAGGGCCACUCGCCGAAGAAGUUCAGGUCGUUCCGGUCGGCGCCCCACCAGUCGAUCCACGCCAAGCUGCAGGAGACGAAGGCUUUGGAGCGCUCUCCUCAUAAGACCUCGCCCCAGAAACAGAGGAAGAAGCUGCAGGGACAUAGCUUUGAUGAGGGUGCUACCCAGGAUGGAGCUAAGACGGGAGAGAACGCGGCAUUCAGGUCUCCACGGCGGCGGCCUCGCUCCGCCGACCCCGCGCCCGCCGCUGCGCACGUCAAGAUCCUAGCCAAUGGUCACGAGCCUCACCCUGCUCCUAUCAAACCUACUGGUUUGCAGUUGAGUAGAGGGAGUAGUAAUAGAGUUAGGUCGACAUCAAGGGGCGGACGGUCACCGUCAGCGCCGAGCAAAACUGGGGCAACUUUGGCAACAGGGGCAACUGGGGCGACUGGGGCAAUCGGGGCAAAUGGGGCACCGGGCCGAGGCCGCCGCAGUCGAAGCGUAUCCAAAGUCGGCAUAAAGUUGGACGACGAAAUUCCAUCGCACCGCAGCGCGUCCGUAGCAAAGGACCAUUUCUUCGACGACUCGCCCGUGGUCAAGUCGCCUCCCGAGCCGACCCGGGUCAAGUCGCCCGAGCAGAUGAACAUGAGGUCUCCCGACCCGGUCAACUGGACCGUGCCCCUGGACACUGGGAAGACCUUUACUGUCACCCAGAAUGUGAAAAGCGAUGAGAGCAUUAAGCGCCCUAGCUCUGAGUUUAAGGGUGGCUCCGUAGCCGAAGAAGCCACCGUGAAGCCGGCAGAAAUCGCUCCAAUCCAUCACCAGCAAAUGUCUCCAAUUCGUUCGCUGAAAAAAAGCGAAUCACCCACCAGCCUCAGCAAGCGCACUGACAAGACCCCAACGACUCCCAUCAGUCUGACCCCCAUCGACGAGACCAAAGCCCUCGACAUGAACAAGGUCAACGGAAUUAACGGCGUGAACGGGGUCAAUGGGGUCAAUAGCAAUGACAUAACCCCUGAAACUCCAACUCAAGAACCGUUGAAGGAGAAGGAAUUAAUCAAAAAGUCUACUGAAGCCACUCAGAUCGCUCCUGGAGUGGUUGAUACGAAUGUGGUGAAUGAUGCUCCGACUGGUGGUCUGACCGCCUCGGAGAUACUAGACCGAGCCCGCACGAGGUUCGAUAAGUUCUGGGGCAAGAAGGAAGAAGACAACGUUUAGUUGUUGCGAAGUUAGAUUCACUUUUCACUGUCAAAUGUGGCUGAAUGAAACACAAUACCUUUUAACAUUUAUUUGUAUCACAUCAAAUUAUUACGAUGACUUACGAUCCAAUCAAUAACUGUAAUGAUACAAAUGAAUUUUAAACAAUUAAAAGCUUUAACUAAACGAUCUUAGCUAGAUAAUUUUGACUCCUACAGCCACAGUUUUCAGUUUGAAAAGUUGAAAAUCAAUAAAAGUAGGGAAAAAUUAAACGCAAUGUUUAAAAACGGAAUAAAAAUAUGAAAAAAAGCUUCGCUUUAUAACGACGACUGUAAUAAUAUGUAUUUACUAUAAUUUGAUAUGUAUUAACAUACAAUCACUGUCUAUAUAAUAGGAGUGUGGUGGCUUGUGAUAGUAGUAACGAUGACGACUAGUUAUUAAUUAUUGUAUUUAUUUAUUAUCAAAGAUUAUUUAAUUAAUUUAUUAUAUUUAUAACGACGUAUGACAGAUUUUCGAUCUAAAUACUUAUAGGAUAAGACCCAAAGUAAUCUUGUUGAAACUUAACUCGGUACACUAUUUCUUUCCGAUUGCUGUCCUGUUUUACUUGAUGUAUUUUAAUGAAAUUGUUAAAAUGUAGGUAAAUAUUAAUUAACGUUAAACAUUAGUACAUAUGACCUGAGAUUAUUUAUUAUAUUAUUUGUUUUUUGCUUAACAUGCGAAGCUUUGCCCCAAUCUGUAUUACAUUAUUUUAAUUUAACAUUCCAAUUUAAAUCGUUUUAUGUUAGCAAUAUUGCGUUCUACGGAAAAUCAUCGUUCAUAUCAAUUGGCGAUGCAAAGAUUCUAACUAGCGCCUCUAGUGUCAAAAUUGUGAAGCAGUCUAAGAACGACACUUUGACAGAUAUUCGUACAUUUUGUGUCAAAAUACCGCGCGUCAAAUUAAAAAGAAAAAAGUGACAGCGUGACAUAAAUUGUAUAGAAAAGGCUGUCAGUGUCGUUCUUAGACAGCUUCUUAAUGUCGCCACUAGAGGCGUGCGCGUAAUCUUUGCAUCGCCAAUAAAACUUUAUAUUUUUGUCAAGUACACUACAGUUAAUUCAUUUCUUAGAAGAAAUGCAAUUAAUAAAACUUCUUAAUUAAAUACAAUAAACAAAGGCAAAAGUAUACAUAACAUAAUUGAAAGCCGUCCAUGUAGUGUUUAUUGGCGAAAAUUAAUUUUAGUUAUCGAAACUGUUUUGGAAAUAAUAUAUUCUGAACGCAUCUCAACUUUAGCCAGCCAAUCACAUAGCUUGUCAUACAUGUCAAAUCGUUUUGGCGGGAAACCAAACUAGUAAACAAAACAAAAUAAUACGCUAGCAGUAUUUUAACACAAAAAAACUCAAAGAAAUGGAAAUAUCACGAAAAUCCUGUCGUUUGUGUCUCACGGAGACUGAAUUCAACGUGUCUCUGUAUAGCAAUUACGGUCGAAGAACGAACAUGGUAGACAAAAUCCUAGUUUGCCUAAAAAUUGUUAUUGAAGAGACAGAUGUCCUGAACACAAUAUGCUACAAAUGCGCCGAAAAUGUCGAAAGGUAUUACGAUUUUGUUAUGUUCAUAAAGAAAUCGCAGACAAAGCUGGUAGAACCGCAGCGUAAAAUAGAAAACUCUGUCAAUCGUCGUCUGAUCGCGUCGUACGUACGCGAACAAGUUUAUGACGCGGACUACACGUUUUCAUUCCUUGACGAAGAGAAACAGGAGCCGAAAACAUCUAGUCCGUUCUUUUCUUAUUUCUCGCCCCCAAAUAUGAUGGUAAAACGUACUGGGGAGGAGCCUGUGUGGAAAACUCCAAAGCCGCGAAGAGAAAUGAUAGAAAAACAUGAAAUGAGACAAGAUGAUAAGCUGAAACGGCCGUUUAGGCCUGAGAGGCCUCGCCAUCAUUCCAGAGACUUGUUUGAGUCCCAAUCCCAAGAUGUUGAGGAAACUGACCUCAAACCGUUAGACUGGAAAUUGACACCAGACGAUAAUAUCAUUAAAAGAGUCAGGGAUAAGUGUUUUGGUCGGUCUGAGUUUUAGAUUUUUAUUUCUGUUUCAACCUAUAUUACACUUUAUAAAUGAAGUUGAUUUUCAAUUCUGUGAAAUAGACUUAGGAACUUUUCAUUUCAGUAAGUUUGUAAUAUUUCAUUAGGAGCCUAUGUUAUGAGGUUUUAUAUAAAGAAUAAAUUCCAAUUGUAUGACUUCAUGUCCUGUCGUAACUAUUUUUACAUUAAAAAUAUGAUAUUGACAGUGAGAAGUCACAUAAUUACAGAUUGGCUUGCAUUCUUAGAAAGUUUUCAAAUUGACCAAAACUUUUACUAAACGGCAUAAAAACCUAAAUAUUGAUUUCAAUUUUUCAAAUGGAAUCAUUAAUAUGGAAGUUCCUGGCAUUAUAAUUCUAGUGAUAAAAUAAUAGUAAUGAAAUAGGGUAUUAAUUUUUAUCAUCAAUUAAUUAUUAAUUAACAUUUCUGCUUUUUUUUCUUGUGCUUGUUUCAAAACUUUGAACAUUUUAUCUAAGUCUUUUUUAUUUUCUACUGUUCAAAUAAUAUGAUUUUUUAAUUAUUAUUUAUUCCUCACUGCGCCCAGCCGGGAUACAAAAACUUAACUAAUGAAAUUAUUUACUCAAAAGUGUAAUAUAGGUUCAAUACCUAUUUAAUUAAUUUUACAACAACAUUUGUUAUGUUUGUUAUAUUAAUUUAUUAGAUUUUUUAAAGAUUGAUUUAUUAAAUAAAGAUUUAAUUUAUUGCUGUUUCUGUGAAAUUCUGUAGAGACAGGGUAACUGUUGUUUGUUUUUAGAGAUUUUCUUGUGAAUGUUUUCAGUUAACUUAUUUAUUGAUAGAUGUUACUUGAAAUGAGUGUAAGUCUUAUGAAUAAACCAAAAUACUAAACUCUUGCCCACUUAAAAAGUGAAGUUGUCUGUAUGAAAAAACAACAAGAAACAAGAACCUUUAAUAGUGUUUGAUUACCUAUAAAAUUAUUUCGAAAACAGAAAUCCUAAGCUUACACUUAGUUCAAGCAUAAAUAAUAAAAAGAUUAGAAAAAAUACUCUAAGAAAAAGGUAUGGCAAAGUAUGCUAAACACCAUGAAAGGAAAUGCCCAUUGAUUUGAAAACUCAUGCAAAAUGUAUUGAUUUGUAUGGAAUAUAGGAAUUAUUGUGAAAAUUGUUUUGUAAGAAAUGUACUCAAUUGUGUAGAAUGAUAUAAAAAUAAUAAAAAAACGUAUUUUUAAUUUAGUUCCUAUCGAAGUCCAUUCUUGCAUCCUUCCAUGAUAUAUUAAUAGUUUGUUCAAACAAAAUGUCAUUAUUUUUUAAAGCUUUUUGCUCCUAAAUGUGUAGUUAAGCAUUUUGAAAAUAACAUUAAAUCUACCACAUAAGUAUCUAAAAGAAACUUGUCUUCUAUUUAUAAAAUUUCUUCACAGCAAAUUCUCCCUGUGUAUAAGCCUACUGCAAAUUAAUGUAUGAGUACUUGCACAAAGUACUUGUACAACUAUGAAGUAAAUAUUUUUUUUGAAAUCCUUAAUCAGGCUAGGCCAGCUUAAAAAAACGACAAGUUUCUUCACACUUGAACCCCAGAUAUUUUCAAAGUGCCUGACUUGACAUAAAGGAUAUACCAUCAAAUACUAAUCUAGAAAUGUAUGUACUACCAUAAGUAUAUUUAAUAUUGCCCUGUAUCAACCUGAUUGAUUUUGUUAUUAAAUACCUACCUAUUUACUACCUACCUAAUUUUAUGGUCCCAGUUGGGUACCAAUUGUAGAUCAGUUUUUCUGUAAGUUCCUAUAAACGUGUAUUGUUUUCGCACAAAAUGUUUUAUUUUCUCAAUGGUGUAUGUAUGAAGCCCUGCCCAGUAAGGAUAUAGUUAAUACUCCCUCAAUAGCAGAUAAUGAUUACAAAAUUUUUAGCUUUGCUACGGGUUUAUAAUAGCGUGUGUUAAUUUUCAGUUGUUAACAUCAAAAUGGACACCUAAAUAAAAAUUUGAAAAUGU